GUUGCAGAUAAGGCGACAAGAGAGCACCUCUGUGGGUAGUGGUCACGACAACUUUUCAACGUGACAUUGUUUAUUUUUGCCACUCCGGACUGUCUGGAACACCUUGGCUUCGUACCUUUGGCAUCAUACGUGCGCAUCGCUUUGGCACGACAAGCAGAUCUGAGAAACUUUACUUUCCCGAGUGUUUUCUUUCGACGCUGAUGGGACAUGGCAAUGGCCGCACCAUCAACAUCGACAGCAGUAGCCACUGUGGCAUCUGAUGUGGAGCGCUCUCACCUGGGGGGCAUCGAGGCCCUGAAGAUGAAGGUGGGCCCGGUGAGGAGAAACCUGUUUGGGCCCGUCGACCACCGCCAGCUGCAGCAGGACUUCGAGAGGCUGCUGUGCAUGAGCGUGGAGGUGGCCAACAAGCGCUGGAACUUCGACUUCCAGAGCGACCGGCCGGCGCCGGGCUCCAGUGUGGAGUGGGAGGAACUGAGGUGCCAGGAUGUGCCGGCGUUCUACCGCAGCUGCACGUUGAGGCGCGUGGCUCGGCCCGGAGUCGGAGUGAUAAAGGCCACCAGGCGGCCGUCGUCCUCGUCGAGUGGCGAGGGCUCCCCGGCGUCCAGCAGCUCGUCUGGCUCUGGGGACGAGUAUUUGGAAGGCUGCUACCGAUUCCAGCGGCCCGGCAAACGCAGGCAGUCUGCCAUCACAGAUUUCUUCAAGGUGAAGAGGAGGAGGCUUCUGCAUUAUAAGGAAACUUCUCGGCAGUAGAGAAGCGCAGAAACCCAGCGGGGGAUCACCCAGUGGUCGCCGUCCCUGUAUAAGUCACCUCACAUAAAAAAAAUUAUCAUGUAUAUAUGUAGCAAUUUCUAACUGACUGUCCACAAGCUCGUAUAGCUUGGGCUUAAAAACUCCUCCAACACCACAUACCUUAGUUUUUCAGCACAAUGAAGCUACCAUCCUCUCGGCCGAGCAAGCGCAGUCGUAUGAAACGGUUUUUGUAUGUAAAAUAAUUCUAUAUUUUGUAAUGUCGUCGAAGCUUAUAUUGUCUUCUCAGCUUUUGAUUAUACUGUGAAAUGAUUUGAAUGCACUCUUGUCAGGAAACAACCAGAAACGGGCUCUAUUUCUGAGAGGUUAAUUUUGUUCUGAAAGGGCCUCAUGUAGGGUUUUUUUUUUUUUUUUCCAGGCCCUGACCUCAGUCCUCAACCCUUCUUCUCUCUAUCUCGUCAAACCCAUGAGAGGUUUUGAUUAGAUGAGUUACUAUUCCUGGCCUCGCCCCCCCACACACACACGCACACACACACUCACAGCCUUUCGUCUCACCCCAUGGCUCGAAAAGCUUUUCAGCCGCGUGAGUCGAGGCAGGGGUCAAACCAUCACCCAGGGUCAAAAUUGGCAGCGUGUCUGUGAUUAGUUUCAGGCUAAAGGUCAACGGUGGAGGUUCAACGAUGAGGUAAUGCGGCCUUCGUGCGCCACGGCGACUUAAACUCUAACAAUAAUAAUAAUUCUAAUAAUAAUAUUUCAAAUGUGACUUUAUGGUUUAUUUAUUGCAAACGGUGCAAGGUCACCGUCGAGAAAAUAAAAAUUAAAAAAAAAAAAAAAAAAAAAUACACCAGCAAUGCGUAAAGCGAGGUAAGAUAAGGUGUUUAUGGAACCCUGUGCCAUUGCCCCAAAAUGAUGCAUUAUAGAUGAUAAAACCAGAGUCAUAAUGACUCAUAUACACUCCACCGUUGCCACUUUCUCUCUUGGAUAAUAUAAAAUAUUGGCUUCUCUUUCCUCCCAAUUAAGCAAACAUAAUUUAGAAAGUGCAAAUUCCAACAUGGUGUCCAAACUAUAUUUUAUUCCCUUUUUUUGCUUUGUAUUAUUUGCAUAAUGGGGUCGUAAAAAAUCUAUUUAGGUUUUUUUUUUCCUUUGGUAACAGACCAGAACAUACCUUAUGUAUAUGUUUUAUGUUAUUGUCAGCUUCAUGCUUUUAACGAUGUAGCAUCUUCCACUCUCGUCUCUAUGUGAUGUCAGACUUAUGGGUUUUGAACAUGCCUCCUUUCUUUCUAUGCAGGGAAUGUAGCGUCUGUUUUUCACUGUUUCAGCUUAGAGCAGUCAAUCUAGCGGCAUCACAUUUGCAUCGUGUACAUAUUCUUAUGUAUAUGUACGCACUUGGCACGCAUGCGCUUGUAUGAUUGUGUGCGCUUGCGUGUGGCCGUUCUGGUUUGCGCAUAUUUUGAGGUUUUCACAUGUUGUAAAUAUACCCUGCUGUGGCAGCUGAGGCAGUUGAACCAAAGAGGAAUUGCUGUGCCAUGUUAAUCGAAAGACAUAAUUUACAAGUUUGUCACUCGCUGCUGCUUGACUGAGCAGUUAUGUGCCACGUCAGACCUCAAACACAACAGGAUCUUCAUGUUUAUCUAAUGCAAAUACACUAAAAAAGAAACUGGACUGAAAAAUGUCUCAGAUGUGGCAGUAUUUUUGUAGACUAAAUUGCAAGCUUGACGUGAUCCCUAUCUGCUCAGCCAGCAGUUAAAAGUGACCCAAAUAGGAAGUGCAUACAGUAAUUCUAGUUCUUGGAUAAAUAGCCAUAAUUUGGAUGAACCUACUCCUACUACCUCAUCAAGUGAUUAAGUCAAAACAAGCAAGUUAUUACUUUUUAAAAAGAAAAAAAAAAAAAAACGAAA